CCAUAAUUAAGAAGCUCACGAACGAUCACACGACUUAAUGGUGUAGGCCCGUAAUAACAGAGAGAGCUAUGUAUUAUAAAUGGACGACGACAAAACAAAUUUCCAUUUCUAUAAAACAGAGAACAUUAAAUAGACGACAAAACAAUAUAAUAAAAUAAAAACUCAAAAAUCUCAGCUAAUUCUUUGUUUCGCCGGAGCCGGAGAAAAAAGCAGGCGAGGUUGAAGAAGAAAUCGAUCAGUAACAACAUCUCGGAUUCUCAGGUGGAAAAAAUCGCAUUUUUUGUCAACAUCUGAAGAAGCUCAUAGAGAAAGAGACCAUCAUCUCGAGGAAGAUGAGUCAUUCUCAGAACCCAUCUUUUGUCUUCGCCAUUCGAGACUUCCCACCAGGCUGUGGAACUCACAUUGAUGUUUCGUCGAGUUUUAAUCUUCCAGCUGACAAGGCCUUCAAGAAUCCAAAAACUGGUGAUGUUUCUGGCAAGAAUCCAGCUCCUAAACCUCAAGGAAUUUGUCUCAAACGUGAACCAGCAGCUUAUCAGGAUCAUAUCAAGCGAGAACCAGCAUAUCAGUAUCAUGUUGUUGCAGCUCCUACAGUGCCUUCUGCAACAACUUCAUCUCACAGACAAGAACUGGAGAUCAGAAACUCUGGUUUUGCUCCUACUCCUCGUGAGAAAGUGCUUGAAGUAUUGAGACUUUUCAAACAAGUAUACAAACAGUUGGACCGAGAUAAAAAAGCAAGACGCGGAGGAGAUUUGUUGGAUGCAACACGCAGAAUCGACAUCAAAGCACUAAAUGUCUUAGAGAGUAUGGGGAAGCAAGUGAACAUAGAGAAGAGAAUUGGAACAGUUCCGGGAAUAGAAGUUGGGGAUGUGUUUCAGUAUAAAACCGAACUCCGUGUUGUCGGGCUUCACUCCAAGACAAUGUGCGGGAUCGAUUACAUGAAGAUUGGAGAGGUUAGGCUCGCGACAAGCAUAGUUGCAACAGAAGGGUAUGGCUACAACGAUACGUUCAACUCUGGUGUGAUGAUUUACACAGGUGAAGGAGGUAACGUAAUCAGCAAGGAAAAGAAGACUGAAGAUCAGAAAUUGGUCAAAGGGAACUUAGCAUUGGCUACUAGUAUGAGGCAAAAGAGUCUAGUGAGAGUGAUACGCGGAGAAGAGAGAUGGGAUCAUAAAGGGAAACAUUAUGUGUACGAUGGAUUGUAUAUGGUUGAAGAAUAUUGGGCCGAGAGUGAUGUUAGAGGUAAGACUGUGUAUAAGUUUAAAAAAAAUCAGGUUUUCUUCAUCUGAGCCGUAUUUUUUGGACAUGACCAGAACUCUGUUGUCCA